GUUGCGUCGGCCCUCCGUGCAGCGACGGUGUUGUUGUGUCUUCUGUCGUUGUGUCCGUGAUGUCAGUGCCAUGAUCAGUUAGUGUAUGUGUACAACAUCAACAUGGGUCUCGUUGGAUGUUUACUAGUUGUUGCCGCUGUUUCCCUCGUCUCAGCACAACAAGGCCAAGACUUCUUUUUCAAUGGAGCUGGUCAGAAUGCUCGGUACCUGCCUUUCCAGCAGCCAUCUCUGCAGACCCAGCAGCAGUUGUCGAGCUUCUUCUCACCACAGACGAGUGGAGGGUUCGACCCCUUCAGGACAUCACCACAGAAUUCCCAGCAAAGCGAGUUCCAGCCAAUACAACCUUCUCAGUUUCAGUUUCCACCCGGCAGAUCAUCUUCACUACAACAUUUUGAACAGUUCACAUCAAGGCCGACACAAUUUGUCCAUACUAAUCAACAUCUACCUCAACCCUUUCAGCAUUUUGACUCUUCUCAAGAUAAUUCAAACUCACAAGGGUUUUCUUUUAGAGGAUCCUCUUUAGGACACUCAAACAGAUUUCAAAGUCUGCCUAAUAUUCAGAAACCUACAUUUCAGAGCCAAUUCGAAAAUGCAUUCAUUGGGAUCCAAAAUUCAGAAGAUGAAACAGGCCGAACAACUCAAAGCUAUGUCAAUGUUCAGCAUCCUAAAGUAUCAGAACAAUUCCCCAGUAAUAGGUGGAAACAAGUACAGUCAUCUUUAAGUGCACCACCAUUAUCCGAAAGUAGGAAAUCUAAAAGGCCAGAAAUUAUUCGACCAAUUACUGAGGAGCAGGAAGAUGAUCUCUCACUCAAUGUAUUUGUAGAUCAAAACUUAGACAAAGAAGAAGGUCUACCUCGAACUGCAGCAUCAAGCUCACCUAUUGAUAUAUUUACAAAAUUCCAGGAAAAGAAGCGAGGAGAUCAAAAUUUGAGAAGGAAAGUAGUUAAUAAAGUAGAGCCCAUUUCGACAGACACACCUCUUAAAAUCAGGAAAAAUCCUGAAUUCCCUAGAGGCACACCCGCAAUCCCUAAAACUUCUUCAAAACCAGUUGUAGCUACAGAAACACCCUUCCUUAUUACAACUCUUAGGAAUAAAUACAACAAUAUUAGAAUUAAACCCACUACUUAUACACCGCCAUCCCCAGCAAGUUUACCUGAUAGGAGGCAGAAAAAUCGAACUGGAGCUACUAUCAAUAGUGGUAGGUUCAGAACAUCAAAUGUUAGAUUUAGUUCAACUUCUACAGAAAGCCCAGAUGAAGCUGUGAAUAUUAAAGAAUAUUCGCAGGAAUUUGGACGACCAGUGGAGAAAAAGACAAUUGUUUCUCCGUCUUCAUCGCCCCAGGUACCAUUUUCGAACCCUGAAGUGAAUAGAUUUAGCAUAAAGAACCAGAAUGAUAGACUUAGCCCAGAAAACAACCAAGACCACACAUUUUUGGAAGACGAAGAUACAGAUGCAAUAGAUUAUGAAUACUCAUCAGACAUUUUAGAUGAUGUAAAUGGUCCUAACGAUGCUUAUGUUGAAUUAGAAGAAGUGCCGAUAUCAAACCACUCGGGAAGUAGGAGUCAUGAGGACAGUAAAACAAUAGAUAAAAAAGUUAAUGGAGAAAGAAAUUCAAGUUUUGAUGUCCUUACUAUGAACCAUGAUCAUGUUUUAGUAUCUGAUGAAAACUUCCGAGACUUUGUUGAUAGUGGCUCUAUUGAUCUUUCAGAGCAACCUCAAACCGAACAACCCAUCCAUCAACAUCAAGAUCAACAUCAAGAUGUGACUGCAAAACCCCUUUCAACAGUCAACAGAACUUUAUCAAUAAAAAAUAACAAAAACCAACAAACAGAACAUCCAGAAAACCAGACUGAUCGUCCUAUAACAUCACACAAUGACCAAGUUAAAGCUCCUCCGAGUGCAGAAAUGCCCAAAGCUGGAGAAGAAGAAGAGGAGCAUCCAACAGAAAGCUGGGUAAUUGUUGCAUCCGUCCAAACUAGCCGAAGUGUUUCGGGGGCAAGAUUUCUCCCAGGAAGUAUAACACAGCAAGAGUCUCCAAAACCUCUUGGCUCAAAAUCUCUGGCUUCAAAAGAUGCCACUUUAGAUUCUAAAAUAAAAGAAAGUGUUACUACCACAAUUGUACCUCAAAAUACAGAUAAUACUACGUCAAAGAUAUCAAGUAAUUACUCAGAUAUACUUCCCAAAAACACUAACAUAGAUCAAGCUGAAAUGAAAUCAAACGAAUCACUUUCACAAGUAGUAGCUAACUCUGUACCAUCAACUGAAAGUAUAAUUGAUAAGCUUGAUAGAGUACAGUCAGAACUGUCCAGUGGCAUUCUUAGUGGUGGAUUUAGACCUCUGGAGGUUCUUCCUGAAAUGACUUCAGAAAAUUCCACUUCAACUACGACUUCAACAUCACCAACUACAACAACGACUACGACCACGACCACUACAACAACACCUGAACCGACCACAGGAAGCUCCCCACCUGUGGUAAUCAGAAAAUUCAACCCAUCAAAUAGAAGAACGACUGCUCGACCUAAGCCAAGUCCCAAACCAGGAGUGACAAAGAAGCCUUCGAUUAUAGAUAGUAUUCAGUUUGAUGAUCUAACUGGUUUACUACCUCCAGGAUUUAAAGUAAGAAAUUCGUUUACUCCUAAAAAAGGGAUCACGACCACAACAACAACAGAAUCGAAUGCUGAUAUGCAAGGAGAUGAACCUGUAAAGACCAACUCUACUAGGACAGGUGGGGCCAGGUCAAAUGAUUCUUCAGGCUUUCCCAAUAAAAUAAAAACUGCCGAUAUAUCAGGAUUACUUCCAGCUGAUUACAAGCCGUCCACAGAAAGCACACUAGACAAACCUAAAGGUAUUGAAAGUAUUUUAAGUAAAGUAUCUUUCCAAGAGGUUGGUGGUUUCCUUCCUCCUGGCUACAAACCUAACAAAACUUCGGAUUCUAGUGAUGAAAAUCCCAAAGUACCUAAAGUUCCAAAAAUUAACUUCAAUAUUCCAAGCAAUCUUUUGCCACCAGGAUUCAAGCCUAAGAAUGAAGAAGGUGAUAUACCUAAACCAGAUAAAAUAGAUAUAUCCGCUCUUUUGCCUCCAGGAUACAAGCCUAAGAAUGAAGAAGGUGAUAUACCUAAACCAGAGAAAAUAGAUAUAUCUGCUCUUUUGCCUCCAGGAUAUAAAUUGACAACAGAGGAGCCCAAAGAAGCAUCAACAUCUGUUUUGGAUUCUAUUUUGAACAAAGUCAAAUUUAAAGAUGUUUCAUCUCUAUUACCUCCUGGAUUCCAAAAUAAUAUCACCAAAUCCAAUUCACCCAGCACGACACCACCUGCAGAUGAAACAACAACCUCCAGCAACGGACUGAAGGUAGUGUUCCCAAGCAGACCAGGGGGUGGCCGUAAACCUCCCUCAAGAUCAAACUCCAGCAGCAAAUCAGCCGGAGGCAUUGGUCCUGUUCAACCCAAGAUCCAGAAAGGAUGGCCAACAAGGGCCACAACAGAAUUUACAGGGUGGCCCACGGUGUCGACUACACCAAUAUCAAUUGAGAAGAUCUUGGCUGCGGCAAAGACGGCAAGUGUGGAGAACUUCACUCCCAGUAGUAGUACAUCUACCACGACCACCACAACUACUACUACCACAACCACUGCUGCUCCCACGACCCCUGGCAUGUGUACACAGGACUGCGACCUGGCAGCAACCAUCAAACUGGUGGGAGGUGCCUCGUGGAUGCCAGAACUGCUCGAUCAUAACACCCAGGAGUGGCAGACUCUAGCCAAUGAGGUCCAGGAUCAGCUGGAAAGCGUGUACAGCAGUUCAGAGGCCCUUAGUCGGUGGUACAAGAAAAUUACAAUCGACGCCUUUAGUGAGGGCAGUGUGUUGGUGGACUACUUUGUAGAGUUGACAGACCUGGGACGUACAGUCUCUACAGCAGACAUGAGGAGGUUGUUCCAUGAAGCCCUACAGGAGGCCACUGUAGCCCAGGAAGCAUUGUCUGGUGGAGACACUCUCAAGGCUCAUAACACUUCUGAGUUCAAGAUGGGCAAGUUCAUUGUCGACCCCAAGUUCACAGAUUUUGUUGUUUUGCCCAAGCAAGUAAUUCCAACUGUAGGAAUGGCAGAGGAAGAUGUUCUUCUGCCACAGUGGGCCAUCGCUGUCAUUGUCAUUGGUCUGGCGUCCCUACUGUUUGUUAUCAUCUUUGGGGUUACAGUGUUGGUGAACCGACACAAUAGUGCCAAGAAGAAGCAGCCUGUUGCACUGACAGAAGAUAUGCUGAACGAACUGAACAAGAACCACAUGGGAGGUUUAGAUAACUAUGGAGCAGAUGAUCUGUACAACAUGGAGGAUGUUUGGAAUGAAAAACCUACCAAAAAGCGGUCGUCAGGGUCAUUGCAGGAGAACAGCAUGGCCAACCUGUAUGACAGUUGGCGAUCUGAGUGGAACGGCUACUACUACAACGCUGCAGCCUCAGGCUACUACGGCGGCAGUAGUAGUGGAGGCUACGGACCAGGCCGAAGACGCUCCGACUAUGACACUAACUUCUGAGGAUUAAGGUUCCACCACCGUCGUUUCUCCAGCUAACUCUGGCUGUUCACUGACCAACACCUGGACGAUCACACGGACUAUUAUCACCAUUAGUAUUCUGAUCAGAAGAUGAAAGUUUUUUAAAGUUGUGUCUUUUUUGAUAAUAUUGACUCAGUAGUGAACUCUGCUGAUUGGUUGCUCAUGGGUGUCCAGGUUGGUCACUGGUCAGUGUGUUAGGUUGUUGUGAUGUUCGGAGGUGCCAAUGUUAGUUACCACGAGGUGGGGGUCGCUCUAGUCACACCAGCUUUGUCUGCGACCAUAGACUUAUAUGUUUAUUCCUGACUCUGGUCUUGUAAAUCCAUCAUGGUUUUAACUGUGGAAAUGUUUAAUAUGUUUAAGCUUACCUACAUUUUAUCAGUGUUAAUUAAACCAUAAUACUAAGUCAACAAUUAUCAUUAUGGAAUUAUUAUUGUUAUAUAAUACAGAUACUAGAUUAAUAACAAAUUUUAUCGUUGUUUUUGUACCUAGAGACAUACUUGGUAAAUUUACCUUCACCAUUUAACCAGGUAUUGACUUAAAUAGAACUAACUGUUUACUAGUAAUGUCAUUUUUUACAUACUUUUUUAUAACUAUUACACUUUUAGAGGUAUAAAAUACUCAAAAUGUUAUCUGUGUUACAUUUCAUUUUUCCGUAUUUCCAUGUUUUAUAAGAAAUGUCAGUUCAAUGUAUUGUUGACUACAGGUAUAUUAUUGCCAUAAUAAUUUUACCAUUAAUUUAAUGAAAAUAUAGAAAUUUGUUUGUAUUUUUUUAAGUGGUAAAUUGUAUAAAUUUCUGUGUGUGAAUGGCUACAAUUUAGCUACGGUUUGUAAAUAUGUUUAUCAGAUUUUUUGUAUGUAUAUAAUUUAGGUUAGUAUAUUUUCCAAAAUUAAAAAGAAAUUUUAAGUUAAAAUUUUACAGUUAAUUUUAGCCUUAUAUUGUAAAAUGAAUUUUUGAAUCAAUUACCUCAGAUUAUGUAAAGAGCCUUAAUUGUAGAAAGGAGUUAAUUAAAAGGAAAAUUACCGUAGCCUGAUGAGUACUAUACAACAUUUAUUAAACUAUAGCCUGUUACGCUAUUUUUAAAUAAUGUGUAUAGUAAGUGUACAUAAAAGAAUAAUGAGCCUUUUAAAUAAUUUAAAUGAAUUUUUACUAUUGCCUAGGUAUCAGAUGAUAGACCAAAUAUUGAUAGGAGCCUAAUGAUACAGUAUAAAUUAUGUACAAGGGCCUAAUGUAACAUUAAAUGGUACUUGCAAUUUGCAGAAUUUAGAUUACAUAUCAAAUACCUACAUUUGCGCAUUAAAUUGUUUUAAUAAUAUAAUCAGAUUUGAUCACUUUUUAGUAUUAUACAUUUGGUAUUUCAACAUUUAAACUUAUUCUGAAAUAUUACCUUUACCUGAAAUAUUACUGAUGAUAUAAAUAUAGUUAUAACAUUUAUGUUAUUUGUCAAGUACAAUUGCUUUUUAGACACACAGUAAUAUCAUAAAAACACAAUUAUUAUUAGCUAUCAUUACUAUACAAAAUGUAAUUAUUUUAAAAACCUAUGGUUCAUAGUUAUCAUUCCUAGAUAAACUCCUAAAUGGGGUUUGUUCCGCUUGUAAAAUUCCUCAGUGAUAUAUUCUUAUUACUUUAAGAUGUUGUUGUAUUAUAUUAAGUGUGUAGACUAAUGUUUUUUAUUGAUGUGUUUGUAAUAUACUGCAGUACAUGUAAAUAAACAUAUAUAUUUUAUUUAAA